AUGCAUCAAACAAUGUACACCUUGUUUUUAGCAGCCUUGGGCGGUACUUUCUUUCUGGACCCGGCACUGGUUGCAGUACAGCAAUACGUGCGCGCGUGCGUCCGCGUUAAUUCACCGGGGUUUUCUACUUCUCACCGAAACACACAGGAAAGUGACACCAGUACUCAACCGAUGGAGGAUUUCGCACCUCGAAAUUACCAGUCGCAGUUGAAGGAGAUAUGUUUGGCGAAAAAUACGAUUGUCUAUCUGCCGACCGGUUCCGGCAAAACUUACAUCGCACUGAUGGUGAUGAAGGAGAUCAGUUACCAGGUGCAGAACAAGAUCGAUGAAGGUGGAAAGCGGACUUUUUUCCUCGCCAACACGGUGGCACUGGCAAAGCAACAGGCACAGUUCUUCACCCGUCAUAUGCCAUUCAACGUGAAGCUGUACACGAGCGAGGUGAAUGUGGACGCGUGGAAAAGUGACCGUUGGCACAGUGAGCUUAGUGAAGGACAGAUAAUCAUCUGCACCUCCCAAAUCUUGCUGGAUGUGCUAAAGCACGGGUACAUGCAGCCGGCAAACAUCAAUCUGCUCGUGUUCGACGAAUGUCACCGAGCUGUCGGGCAGCAUCCGAUGCACGCGAUCAUGAAGGAAAUCAUUGCGGCACCGGCCAAAGAUCGGCCCCGUGUGCUGGGUCUUUCGGGCACGUUGCUGUUUAAGGAGCUUAAGCUGCCGGAGCUUGUACCGGCCGAGCUGGAACGGUUGGAAAACACGUUCAGCGCAACUAUAGCAACCGUCGCCAACUACGAGGAGUUUAAAGAGGUGGCCAGCUUUUCCACCAACCCACAAGAGGUUAUCAUUCCGUACCGCAUGCCAGCCAUCCAUUCAAUAAAGCUCGCUGUUGACAUACUGGAUCGGAUGCAAACGUUCAUGACAAUGCUCGAAGAUGUCUAUCUGCCAGAGUAUUCUACCCAGUCCAAUCGAACACUACUAACGUCUACGUCGAAACCGAUCAAGGAGGUGAGGAAAGCGUUGAACGAGUUUAAAAAUCAGAUGGAAGAGUUGGGCCAGUAUCCGGCGUCGUUGGCCAUACUGGCGGUGAUUGUGCAGCUGGAGGUGAGCAAACGCCAGGCGGCGUGUAACAAAGCACGACAGGUCUAUCGUUCAGCGAUUUCGUUUUGCGACAUGGUGCGCCAUGAGUUGGUAGAGGCAAUGAGUGGAUUUAGCGUAGUGCAGCAAAUCAUUAGCUUUUCCAGCGAUCGAGUCAAAAAACUGCUCCAGUACCUUCAACAGUCUUACAGCACACAUGACGAUCAGAAAAAGCAGGCGAUUGUGUUUGUGACGCGCCGCUUUACCGCCAAAGUCUUGUACCAUUUGAUAAAGAUCUACUUCCAGUCGCUACUGGAAGGUGCUGAUUCGACGAAAGAAUCGCUCGUGAACCCGGACUUUAUCGUUGGUGCGAAUGCUCCGUUGGAUGAGUCGAUUGAUGCGAUACUUGUUAGCAAAAUGGAUCGUCGGGUCAUUGAAAAUUUUCGAAAGCACAAAAUCAACGUACUGUGCGCGACCAAUGUGCUGGAGGAAGGCAUCGAUCUGCAGAUGUGCAACAUGGUGAUCAUGUUCGAUGAGCCUAAAACGUACGCCGCGUUCAUGCAGUCGAAGGGUCGAGCUCGGAUGAAAACCAGUACCUAUCUGCUGAUGACGUCGAUCGAGGAUAAGGAAGCCUUUAUAUCCCGCAUCAGAAGGUACCGUGCUAUCGAAGCACGAUUGAAGCAGGAAUUGAUUGGCAAAACCAUCAAUCGUCCCGAACCGUUGAUAGCCGAUGUAGAGAAAGAACUGUUGGAUGACAUGAUACCACCGUUUUAUACACCGUUCGGUGCCAAGCUGGAUGUGCUGUCCUCCAUUCAGCUGCUGAACCGAUACUGUAUGAGUAUGCCGCGCGAUCUAUUCACGGACAGCAACGUCACCUGGCACCGUACUGAUUCAUCGGAUGGCAAGGUGACGGUGUCGGUGAAGUUGCCGUUUCAAUCGACAGUGCGCGAAGUGAUAGUCGGCCAGCCGAUGGCUAACGUGAAGUUGGCCAAACAGUCCGCCGCAUUCAAUGCGUGCAAGCAGCUGUUCGAAGCGGGAGAGCUGAACAUGAAUCUGCUGCCCAUAUCAAACCGUGACAAAGUGGAGGAGUUAAGCGAUAAAUAUUUCCAGCACUGGCGCAACAUGGCCAAUGAACCCCGCAACGCCCAGCCAGGAACGAUGAAGUACGUCCGUAGUCACAAGAUUUGCUACCCACAGGAAACGAUCGGUGGUACACCGCGCACGGACGGCGAACCAGGAUGCUACGUAUACAUCCUCCGCACACGAGCUCAUUUCGAAGCGAGCGCCCGUCACGAAAGCGUUCGAAUUCUAAGCGAUCUUUACAACAGUGGCAAUAGUUUUGGCAUUCUAACGCGCAACAAACUGCCACCGCUCGCCAAGAUCAAGCUGUUCGUUACGCUUGGUCCAAUCGAGGUGGAACUGGUGCCGAAACCGAUCCCAAUUAUCCUGGCGCCCGAUUCGGGCGCACUCCAGAGCCUGAAGCGUUUCCAUCUGAUGCUGUUUCGGGAUCUGUUGAAGGUUUGGAAACCGUUUACCGUGCUGGACGCUCAGCCGGAAGAGAAUGGGUUCAUCGUUGUACCGAUGGUGCGCGGGGAGUGUAUCGAUUGGGACCUGGUUAACCGGUUUCCCUAUCUUCGGUCGGCAACGGAGUUAAGCCCGCGGGCCCGCGCUAAUCUACGCUUUGAGCCGGAAGCCUAUCAGCUGCGUGUGAUACAUCCGUGGUACAAAAACGAUCCGGAUCAGAAUUAUGUGGUGGUGCAGGUGCGCGAUGAUUUGCGGCCAAUAAGUGCGUUCCCGAAUGAGAAGUACAAUUCGUACGAGGACUAUUUCUACAAGGAGCACCAUCAGGUGAUUACACGGCGUGAGGAUCAGUUUCUGAUAGAGGUGAAGGGCAUUACGACGAGCUUGAACCGGUUGCAUCCGGGUGGGGAGGCGGACGGUGGUGCAAGUACACGUGCACGGAACUGGGAGUUUCAAGAAGUGCUGAUACCUGAGCUGGUACACAAUUACGAAUUCCCGGCCGAUUAUUGGCUGCAGGCGACCUUACUACCGAGUGCACUGCAUCGGGUGCAUUUUCUGCUGCUUGCGGAAGGCAUACGGAUAGAUCUGGCGGAACGGGCGCAGAUUGGGAGCGCGGUGUGUACAACACUGGAACCCGUUACUGUUGACCGCUUAUCGUCUCACAUCCAAAGCAAAUCGAGCAACUUUAGCGAAGAAGAAGAGGAAGAGGACAGUAGCGAGGAAGAGCUCGCAACGGUUGCCACGCAUCAGGGGGCGUUGGAGAAGACACCGGAUAGAAAGUCUUUGCUCGAAAUUUUGAAGCAGAUCCACAAUGAAUCCAGCUCGGUGAUCGAUCGGUUUACCUACCCGUGGGAAGAAACCGAAGAGCCAAAGGAUUUGGACCGCAAUUGGGACACUUUGAACAAGUUCGAUCUCGACUAUUUUGCGAGCUUUGUAAACAAAUACAACCCGCGCGUGGAAACGAUCGUUACCAGCGUGUACAGUUCGAUGACCGAUACGAACAAGGUGGAUGAGCUGGUGGCCAACCUCAAUCUCAAUCGGACCGAGGUGAUUGAGGAAGUGACAAUGCAGCGACGCGAUAUACCCGCCAUAACAGACGGUUUGGACGAUGGACGUUUGAGUGAGAUAGCAAUGCUGAAGUUAACGUGGGAAAACACGCAAGACGUUCCUUUGCAGCAGGCCGAUCUGCUACAAGCCAUCACCACCAAAUCGUCCAGCGAUGUGUUUAAUCUAGAGCGUUUCGAGGUGUUGGGUGACGCUUUUCUCAAGUUCGGUGUGUCGGUGUACAUUCUGUUCCAGCAUACGAGCUGGCACGAAGGCUAUUUAACCUUUUGCAAGAGCCGCAUGGUUAGCAACCGGAAUCUGGUGUACUGCGCCAUGAACUACGGGCUGCCCGGUAAGAUAAAGGUGCAUGGUUUCGAUCCGAAAAACGACUGGGUGCCACCCUUGUCCAGUGUUCCGGGCCCGAUCCGGCAGGCAAUGGUCGAGGCGAACGAAUCGCCCGCCCUGUUGUACAAUCUGAAGCUUUCCGAGGACGAAAUACAGCGAGGUGAAGUGACGCAAACCACCUUGGAAGGAUUUUUGCCCCGUAUCGAGAAAGCGGAACAAGCGUCCCGUUCGACGUUGCACAGUGUGCUGCAGCAGGUCCAAAUCCCGGACAAGGUAGUAGCGGACGCAACGGAAGCAUUGAUGGGUGUGUGCGUUAAGACGGUCGGGUACGAGCGGUCGUGCCGCAUCUUGUCGCAUCUGGGCAUCGUGCCGAAAGACGUAGAUGUGGCACAGGUACUGCGGAUGGGCCGGUACGAAGUGGCGGACUACUUCCCGAUCCGACACAAGGUUGAUCAGUUGCUGUGCAAUCCGGAUCGGAUUGAAUCGAUACUGGGAUAUCGGUUCCAGAACCGUACCUAUCUCCUGCAAGCCUUUACGCACAGUUCGUACACGUCGCAUAGGUUAACGUCAUCCUACCAGCAGCUGGAGUUUCUCGGUGAUGCCGUGCUGGACUUUCUCAUCUCGAUGCACAUCUUCGAGCGCAAUCCAAAUAUGUCCCCGGGUCAACUGACCGAUCUCCGUUCGUCGCUGGUGAACAAUGUAAAUCUUGCUUGUGUGUUGGUACGGUAUGAUCUGCACCUCUUCAUCCUGUCCCAAUCGCCCAUGCUAACCGAUACGAUCGGGAAGUUUGUGGACGUGCAAAGACACAACAACAAUCGGACGGGAGAUUGGGUACGCCUGCUGACAGAAGAGUCCGACAUAUCGAUGGCGGAGUACGUCGACGUGCCGAAGGUGUUGGGCGAUGUGUUCGAGGCACUGAUCGGUGCCAUCUAUCUCGAUUGCAAAAAUGAUCUCGCAGUGGUUUGGCAGGUUUGCUACCGUUUGAUGCGGGAUGAGAUUGCGUCGUUUGGCCGGGAUACGCCGAUACAGAUCGUACGGCAGCUGUACGAGCAUCCGGAAGCAAAACCCCACUUUAGUGCACCGAUCGUAGAAGAUGAGGUGGUGUACGUGAAGCUGACCUACACGUACCGUUCCCAGCGGCAGAGGGUUUAUGGGUUCGGGAAGAACAAGGAAGAUGCUCGACGAGCCGCAGCCAAGAUUGCGUUGAGCAAAAUGGUAUAG